AUGGACAUCCCAAACCUCAAAUUGAUCAGCCAAGACGGCCACGAGUUUUUCAUAAGUAGAGAGUGCGCACAACAUAGCGGAACACUUAAAACAAUGUUGGAAGACCAGCCGACGGAGGGAAUCAUCACUAUACCUAUUCCAGGUAUCCCAUCGAAACUACUUGAAAGAACUAUAGACUACAUGUACUACAGACAAAUGUAUUCAAGAGCACCUUCACAAGACGCAAUACCAAAUUUCGACGUGGAUCCAUCAAAUGCACUUGAACUUCUUUUGGCAGCACAUUACCUCGACUUGUAA